AUGAAAUAUAUCUUCAUAAUUGCUCUUUUGAUUUUAACAAUCACAGCAAAAUCACUUCACAAGAAUUAAGAUGAUGCAUUUGGUCAAUGCAUGGCUAAAAAUUGUAGAAAGCAAGCAGGAUCUUGUGCUAGAACAAAAGGAUGUCUAGACAACAUAACAAAUUGCUCAGAUUAAUUUGAAAAAGAAGAAAACUUUGAUAAUGUAUUUAUUGAUUUAAUAAUGUUUAGUUUGAUACUUGUUUAGCCAAAAUACCACAAUCUGCUGCAUUGAUGGAAUGUGUUUUUAUGAAUUGUUUUGGAGAAGAAAGAAAAAGCCUUGCUGCCAAAAAAAUAUUAAAAUCAAUGAAUUGAUUAUUUUCAUACCAAUCAUAUAACCGAAC